UCCUCCUGUCGUCAGAGGGAUCUCAGCUGUAGUUCGGUUCCGGGACACCUCAGACCCUCCACGGUGACUCGUACUCUCAUGUUCCCGGUUCUUCCCCCGCGUCUCCUCGGUCCUCAGCCCCGCUCGGACCCGCCUCUCCUAGCACCCUAUCCCGGACUGAAACAGAAAGCUCUCCCCCGGUGCUCGGUGCUCCGGCUGGGUCUGAACCGUGAGCCGGGGCUAGCUGGGAGGCUAGCGGGGUGUUAGCAGCGCAGGCGGCCGGGAGCAGGCUCGGUCCGGUCGGACGGAAGGAGCGAAGGCAUGGGAGGAGAGAAGCACAAGCAGGAGGUGGAGGAGAAGACAGCGACCCGGGGCCAGAGUGAAGUCAACAAAAGGCUGAAGUACGUCAGCCUGGUGGUGCUCGUGUUCCAGAAUGCUUCGCUCAUCCUCAGCAUCCGAUAUGUCCGCACGCUGCCGGGUGAGCGCUUCUUCACGACGUCUGCCGUGGUCAUGGCGGAGAUCCUGAAGGUCCUGACGUGUCUGCUCAUCAUCCUGCUGCAGAAGAAAUUUAACGUGAAGGAGACGGUGUUGUUCCUGCUCGACUCCAUCGUGUUUCAGUACAAGGACACUCUGAAACUCUCCGUACCUUCACUCAUCUACACGCUGCAGAACAACCUGCAGUAUGUCGCCAUCUCCAACCUGCCCGCCGCCUCCUUCCAGGUGACGUAUCAGCUGAAGAUCCUCACCACAGCUCUGUUCAGUGUGAUGAUGCUCAGAAAGUCUCUGUCCAAAGUCCAGUGGGUUUCUCUGCUACUGCUGUUCGCUGGAGUCGCCAUCGUACAGGUGCAGCAGGACGGGAACAAGGAGGCGUCGGACAACUCCAGUCAGAACUACAUGGUGGGUCUGAUCGCCGUCGUGAUCAGCUGCCUGUCGUCGGGAUUCGCUGGUGUUUACUUUGAGAAGAUCCUGAAGGGGAGCUCCGCCUCCGUCUGGGUGAGGAACGUGCAGCUGGGGAUCUUCGGCAUGGCGCUCGGCAUGCUGGGACUGUGGUGGAACGACGGCCCUGCUGUUGCCGAGCGUGGAUUCCUGUUCGGCUACACCGACAUGGUGUGGUGCGUCAUUUUCAACCAGGCGUUCGGCGGGCUGCUGGUGGCCGUGGUGGUGAAGUACGCCGACAACAUCCUCAAGGGCUUCGCCACAUCCUUCUCGAUCAUCGUCUCCACGGUGAUGUCCAUCUACCUUUUCAGUUUCCAUGUGGACCUGCUCUUCACAGCAGGGGCGGGGCUUGUCAUCGGUGCCGUCUACAUGUAUAGCCUCCCCAAAGCGCCUGGCGGCAGCUCCUCAUCCCCAAGCUCCGCGUCAUCGUCGUCGUCGUUGUCGUUGUCGUCGUCGUCGUCGUCGUCGGUGUUGCCGAGGACAGGUGGAGACGAUGAAUUGGAGGCGUUUCUGCCAAAAGAAAAUGGAGAUGGCGUGACUCCUCCCCCUGCCGUCCACAUCACAGUCCCACUGUUGAAAGCACAUCAGCAGCAGGAGGAGGAUGAGGAGGGGGAGGAGGAGGAGGAAGGAGAUGUUGUGUCUCAGAUACCCUUACCACCAUCUGACUGUCUGUCUCCUGUGUAAUCGCCCUCUCUGCCUUAAACUCUUAACUAACUGAAUGAACAGAGGAGAAGCCUUAAGCUGAUACAUACUGAUUAUCAUUGUUACUGAAGAUGAACCAAUCGAACGUUUUCACUGUGCAGCCGACACACGAACAGCUGCAGCUCAGGUCGUGAACAUCAAGACUGAGACGAAACAUUCGGCGCCCCGUUUCUAAAAAGUCUGAAAACGGAGAAACAUGUCCAUCGCAGUUUCCAUGACGACUCCUAAAGUCAAAAUAAUCGGUUGUUGAGAAGGGACGUAGAUGGUUAAACUCUAAAACUUCACAAUAGGAUCAUGUUGUAAAGUUUUUGACGAUGAAGACGAUUGGUGUGUUAACCAGACAGACGCUCCGCCCACACUUUUACAUUUUACUUUUAAAGCUCACCACCGUUGCUAUGGUUACACCUGCCAAUCACACCACUCUGGACUUUUCCAGCCUCUGAAUCAGAGACUUCUAUAAACGCUGGUGGUCUCGUUUUAGUUUGAAAACUCUGGGUUUGUGCUUUAGUCUGGACAAACAGAAACUGAGAUGCCCACGUCCACUUCCUGAUUGGUU